AUGAAGACAGCACUGUCUUUCUCGGCACUGCUGGCCGCAUGCCUGGCAGCGCCUAUCCUGGACGCCGACUCGGACCUCCACAAUCAACAAGGCUCUCCAGCUUGGAUCCGGAGACAGCUCGGCCUCCCUAUCGUCGGCAACCUCCUUGGAGGCGCAGUGCCAGCCGCAGUCGCUGCCCCCUCUGCAGCACCCGCCGACUUUUUUCCAGAUCUUGGACUUCCGGAUCCGCUGUCGUCACCUGCAGCCGCGGCGCCAGGAGCCUUCUCACCUGCAGCGUUCCCAGGUCUUGGACUUCUGGAUCCGCUGUUGGCACCUGCAGCCGCGGCGCCAGGAGCCUUCUCACCUGCAGGGUCCCCAGAUCUUGGACUUCUGGAUCCGCUGUUGGUACCUGCAGCCGCGGCGCCAGGAGCCUUCUCACCUGCAGGAUCCCCAGAUCUUGGACUGCCGGAUCCGCUGUCGGCACCUGCAGCAUUCCCAGAUCUUGGACUUCCGGAUCCGCUGUCGGCACCUGCAGCCGCGGCGCCAGGAGCCUUCUCACCUGCAGCGUUCCCAGGUCUUGGACUGCCGGAUCAGCUGUCGGCACCUGCAGCCGCGGCGCCAGGAGCCUCCUCACCUGCAGGGUUCCCAGGUCUUGGACUUCUGGAUCCGCUGUUGGCACCUGCGGCCCCCGUCCUUGCUCCAGCGAUACCACUACUCUCACCGGUAGCAGCAGGGCUAGCGCCCGUACAGUCGCUGCUCGACCCAGCCAUCGCUCCCGCGGCCGAUGCUCUCGCGCCCGUGGUCUCUGCUGUAAACCCGCUUCUGACACCCGCCGUGUCCGCCGUGGCACCUGUCGUUUCCGACCUCCUGGACGCCGCAGACCCCCUCGCAGCGCCCGUGGUCUCCGCGCUCGAACCCGCACUCUCUGCAGCGGUGCCCGAUCUAUCCGCUAUCAUCCCAGCCGUAGACCCACUCCUCACACCCGUCAUCUCAGCGGUCGUGCCUGGCAUCACCGCACUCGCUCCCGUUGUGUCGCAGAUCCUCGACGCUGCAGACCCCGCCUUAGCCGCCGUGGCACCGGUCGUAUCAGGCAUCCUCGGCGCUGCAGACCCUCUCAUCACCCCAGUUGUGCCCGCCGUCGUGUCGGCCAUUGCACCUGUCAUCUCAGACGUAGCGUCCGUGCUGAACCCGGUCGUCUCUGAUGUUGCUUCGAUCGUCAAUCCUGUGGUUUCUGAUCUCGCUUCCGUAGCCGCAUCGGCAGUCGACCCGGUCGUCUCUGGCGUCCUGUCUGGAGUCGCCCCUGUGAUCUCGGACGUUGCUUCGGUCGUCGGACCCCUGAUAUCGGGCGUCGCUUCUGUUAUUCCCCCUGUGAUUUCAGGUGUCGCUUCAGUCAUUGAUCCUGUCGUGUCCGACGUCGUCUCAGUCGUUGCGCCUGUAGUGUCCGGCGUCAUCUCGCCCAUCGCCUCUGCGGGGCCUUCAACACCCUCUCUCCCCAGCGAACUGCCAAUCGGCCUCCCCACCCCCUCCCUCCCCUCCCUCCCAAGCGAACUGCCAGUCGGCCUCCCUACCCCCGUCCUCCCCUCCCUCCCAAGCGAACUGCCAGUCGGCCUCCCCACCCCACUGCCAACCGGCGCCACCACCCCUAUCCUUCCCCCCAACACCGCCAUCACAGCACCCCUCCCCCCAAACAUCCCAACUGGCAUCGCAGCCCCCGCAGAUACCAGCCUGCCGCUCACCACACAAACCACAUUCACGACAACGACCACUACCGCCCCGUUCCCCGGCGCGACACAGGCGCCCGUCGGCUAUGUGAGCCCGUUCCAGGGCCAGCCCCAAAGGCCGCCGAGCGCGGCGGGUGAUGGGGUUGAUCCGCCGUAUUUCCCAUGGUAUUUCGGGUACGGCUUUGGGGGCCGCCUGCGGUGA